UCUGCUUCUCUUCCAGACUAUGCAAAUCUUCGUCAAGACCCUUACGGGGAAGACGAUCACUCUCGAUGUCGAGUCUUCGGACACCAUCGAGAACGUCAAGGCAAAGAUCCAGGACAAGGAGGGCAUUCCUCCGGACCAACAGCGCCUGAUCUUCGCUGGCAAGCAACUCGAGGAUGGCCGCACCCUUUCCGACUACAACAUCCAGAAGGAGUCUACCCUUCACCUCGUUCUUCGCCUCCGCGGUGGUGGCAAGAAGCGCAAGAAGAAGAACUACACCACCCCCAAGAAGAUUGCCCACAAGAAGAAGAAGGUCAAGCUCGCUGUCCUCAAGUUCUACAAGGUCGACGAGAACGGCAAGAUCACCCGUCUGCGCCGAGAGUGCCCUAGCGCUGAGUGCGGCGCUGGUGUCUUCAUGGCUUCCCACUUUGACCGCCAGUACUGCGGCAAGUGCUCCACCACCUUUGUCUUCAAGGGUCAGGAGGCUAAGUAAAAGCAGCCCGUUUUUUACACCACCCUAAACUGCCGAUUUGUUCAUUAUUGUUUUCCGACCAGUUCUGUUGGUUGCUGUUAUGAUUAAAGAAGCGUUUUUGUUCU